AUGGAGAAUUAUGAGAUUCUGCUGAAGGAUAAAUUGGGGAGCAGCUCUGAGAUCCCCCAGUACUCCUCACAACCUCUUCAAGGACUGACUGAACUGAAGAUCCCUGCUGCUCAGAAACACUGCAGUCAUGGACACCGCUGCCUUCUCCAAACUCUUGCUUCUUCAGACCCUGGUUAUUACAGUGCCUGUAAUAGCCUGUCGCCUGCCUCCUCCAUUGACUCUUGCUGCUUCUCUCCCCCUUGUUUCCAGUGGGGAGUUGGUCAGGAGAAGGAGGCUGUGAACCCUUCAGGCUGUGUCAGCCAAGCUGCCAAAAGACAGGCGAUAGAAGAACUCCCAGCUCAGGAGAAGAGACGGUCUAGGUCCAAGUUCCCUGGGAAGAAGCGGGAGAGCGCCAGCGAGAGGGAGAAGCUGAGGAUGAGAGACCUGACCAAAGCCCUCCACCACCUCAGGACCUACCUGCCCCCCUCUGUGGCUCCGGCUGGACAGACUCUGACCAAGAUCGAGACCCUGCUCCUCACCAUCAGCUACAUCUCCCAACUGUCUGCCCAGCUGGGGCUCAGCGAGGAUACCCCAUGUCUGAAAAGAAAGAUGGAUUUCACACUAUGCCAGUACUCACAAGAUAUUCCACAAUGCCCCCAGGGCAGCUCCAUGUCUGGACAGUGGUGUCAGGAGAGACUGCAGGGGAACAUCCAGAGCAAUGAUCAAUACUGUCUGCCACUGGCCACAUCAUAUACCAACAACACAGAGCCACACAUGGAAACAGACUACCUAACGUCAGCUGCCUCCUAUCAGGACAUGUCCUUAUAUCACAACCAGGUUUUCCAGUGA